UUGAUGCAUUUAAUAGGCGAACAUUUGAUAAUAUAUUUUAAACACAGUAUAAAAUAUGUUAUUCAAAUAUUGUUAGCAGUCCUUUUUACGAUUUCAGUUUGUUACGUUACCUGAACUGAACUGAAAACAUGAAAUUGAAAUUUAGAAUAAUUAUUUUGAGUACCCUUUUGGCUUUGUCGAUCCUAAUUAGUGCAUAUUUUAGUUUAUAUUUAUCUACUUCAACAUAUUCCGAGCCAUCAAAUAUAAUGAGAUUCACUAAUGUAAAGACACCAAUUUUGGACCUGGACGCGGUAAAUCACGGAAGAAAAACACACAAGAAAGCAAGGAAGAAACUACGUCAGGAUUACACGGAUAGCAACAGAGCUGUUGAAGUUUCACCAAAUGAAAAUGAAACAGUAGAUGUUGUGUUACGGAAUGAAAAAUUUAGGCAAUCUCCUGUUUCACUGCUUGAAAAAGAAUCACACCAAAGUAAUCCGAAGGACGCCUGCAAUUAUUCUUUACGAUACUCUCAAACAGACAAGCGAGAGAAGUUCCCUGAUUUAGUGCAAUUUCUUCCCAAGAGAACUGCAACACACGAUGGAAAUUUUCCAAGAAAACAAAAAAGAAUAACACUUCAAGACAUUCAUGGAAUUAUUCCCGAAAAGAAUAUGACGCACUUGGAAUUAUUUCAACUGCACAUCAGUUCUGUUGAUUUGUAUGCUGAAGAUGAUGAAAAUAUUGACUCACUUCUCUACGAUAUGGCGAAACUGCCUAUAGUCCACGUGGAACAGAAGGAAGGAGGAACUCAAUUAAAAUUAACGAUCACUUACCAAGAAGGAAGCCAAGCGAUAUUUAAGCCGAUGAGAUUCGAUCGGGAACAGGAAACGCUACCCAACCAUUUUUACUUCUCGGAUUACGAGCGACACAUCAGUGAAAUUGCCACCUUUCAUUUGGACAGGAUUUUAGGAUUCAGAAGAUGUCCUCCUGUCGUAGGACGAUUGCUAAAUAUUACUACUGAGGUAUAUGCAAUAACUGAGGAAGAAUUGAUCAAAACUUUUUUCAUAUCACCAGCCGGAAACAUAUGCUUUCAUGGUUUCUGCACAUACUAUUGCGACACAGGACAUGCCAUUUGUGGAAAUCCCGACACACUGGAGGGAAGUUUCUGUGCAAUGUUACCCCCAAGCUCCAUCGGCAAACGAAGAUCUCACAGACAUCCCUGGAGACGAUCUUACAACAAGCACAGGAAAGCGCAGUGGGAAACCGAUGAUGACUACUGCGAAGAAGUGGUAAAGCCUAGUCCAGGAUUUCGGUUUAAACGCUUAGCAGAUAUUGUUGAUAUGGCAGUUCUUGACUUUUUAACUGGCAAUAUGGACCGCCACCAUUAUGAAACAUUCAGAACGUUUGGAAAUGACAGCUUCAUAGUUCAUCUUGACCAUGGCAGAGGAUUCGGAAAGUCCAAGCACGAUGAGACGUCCAUUUUGGCUCCCCUUUACCAGUGCUGCUUUAUUCGCUUCCAAACAUUCCAAACGUUGCUGGAAUUACACCUCAGCCCGGUAAAGUUGUCGGACAUCAUGAGAUGCUCAUUAUCGAAGGACCCACUUAGGCCAAUUCUACUCGAAAAGCAUCUGCUUGCAUUGGAUCGCAGGCUAGAAACGAUUCUUCGCAUUUUGAAGAACUGUCUUCAGACAAACAACAACAAAGACGUAUUUUUCUAUGACACUCCAACAAAAGAAAACAGCUAUAAAAGAGAUGAUUGAAAUGCGUUAGCGAGGAAAGUGCCAAAUUUACCCUAUUAGUCAUUUUUAACUCAAGAUCUCCUGUAAGAACAAUGAAUCGUGGUGAUCGAUGUUACAGUAAUGCUGAUUUCACACAGACAGCAACAGCAACAACACUUUCAUGGACAUUUUCAGUUUCCGUAAUUCGUUAAUUUAGAUAAGUUAACACGCUUUCAUGUUGGCAAUCGCUUACUGAUUGGCUAUUGUUUGUUUAAUCAUUAAAAGUUACUUUCACCCAGCAGACGCUGCUUACUUAUGGCACUAUGAUGCGUUAUAGAAUAGCAAAACCCUGGAAGACUCAUCACUGAAAGAAAUUUCCGUGUAUUAAACAUGCAUCAACAGCUAGAUUUCUUUUGCUGUUGCUAUCUGUGUGAAAUUAGCAUAACCGUUCACCUUAGACUCUCAUCAAAAAGUGGCUGCCUUGAUUUUUAAAACAAUGAUUGUUACUGCACGCAAUUUGAAUAUCAAAAGUCAUUCAAUGACUCUUACUUGGAAACGUGAAUUUUAAAACUGAUAUACAGCCAUUUAAGGUAAUUUUA